UUUUGUUUCUUUUUUAAUAGAAGAAUGUUAAAUCCAGUCUUGCACUAGGUCUUUUAUUUAUAGAAGAAUGUUGUGUUCUGUUUGAUUUAUGGGUUUGAGUUAUUCUGUUUGGUUUUUGUUACUGAAAUCUUAAAUUGAUCGUGCUUCAGGGAUUUUAGUGUUCUUUUGAUUGUGUUUUAUUGUUUGAUUUUGGGGGUUUUGCUAUUGAUCUAGAAUUAGGUUUUUUUUAUUGUUUCUAUGUCGUUAUAGAUAUGCAGACUGCUAAAUUAUUUAACUUUACUCCAACAUUUCUUCCUAGUAGUAUAAUUAAGAAAUCCCAAACAACAAGCCCUUCCAAAUUACUAAUUUUCCUAAGAUAUGCAUCACCAACGACAAGAGCUUCCAAAUCUCAUCCUGUAUGAAGGAUGCAGGUCCGAAUUCGGGUUUGAAGGCAUCACCUGUUUUGAAGGAUGUAUCAAACUCUAUAUUAACAAUUGAGAAGAAGUUGCAGUUGUAUGUUUCUUCUGCUUUUGAGGCAAUUUUCUCAGCUGUUAAAGAGAAAAGUUCAUUGGCGUUGGCAAAAUCAUUCGUCAUAGAGAAUGAUCUAAUAAAGUUUGAGCACAAUGGGAGGGAGAUUGUUGGAGUUGUUCGUGAUGUGGUUCAUCAUGUAGGGGAUUUAAUGGAAACUACUCUACAAUGUGAACAUGGUUUAGAGAAAUUUAAAAUCAGUAUAUUUGACGUCGUCAAUGUCACCUACCGCUAUUAUGAGGGGAAAGAGAGAAUGUGGGGGAUUCAUACCACAGUAGAGUGCAAAGAUGGUGAUGUGGAGAAGAUGGUGGAGGAGAUAAAAGAUAUCCUAAAUGCUCACGAUGAUGUGAAAUGCAAUUCUAAGUUGGUUAUGAUGGAUUCACUUUGUCCUAAGAAUAAUAAGAUUAUAGUGAUGAGUUUUGUUACAUGCUCCAAAUUGAGGAGUCCUCCCUAUGUGCACUACAUGGAAGUAAGGAGGAAAGUGCUCUCGGAGAUCGAUGAAAUUCAAAGGAAACAUGAAGUAAGGAGGAAAGUGCUGUUGGAGAUUGAAGAGGUUCUAAGCAAAUGAAGUACAGUGAAUGGGUCAAUAACUGAUGAAUGUGUAUAUGGCUCUUACAAUAAUAAUCCACUAAUGAACUACUUAAUAGUUUUUUGUUUUUGAUAGGAAAAAGAAUUUCAUUUAUUCAGAGAAGAGUUGCAUCUGUGAAGUGAGAAAGUCUGGGGUAUAACCAAACCACCCCAAACCAUUCACCAUUGACUCUAGAAGUUCUUCAAUGUAUAGCGGCAACAUUAGCCAUUUUUGUGAAACUUCUGUUUAGAAAAAGAAAAUGAACUUGUGACCGACUUGUAAUCAUCUGGAAUAGAGUUGUUAACCAACAUA